AUGGCAUAUCGAAAUGAAAAUGGUUUUAUUCGACCAGGAAAUACAACAACAACAGCAGCAACUACAACAGUAACAACAACAGGUGCAGUUGGUGGAGAUAAUGAACGAUCUAUUUUGGAUAAACGUGCUAUACAAGAAUUAAUUAAAGAAGUAGAUCCAUUGAUGCAAAUAGAUGAAGAAGUCGAAGAUAUGUUAGUACAAAUAGCAGAAGAAUUUGUUGAUUCAACAUUACUUGCUUCAUGUCAAAAUGCUAAACAUAGAAAAUCAAAUACUGUUGAAGCAAAAGAUGUUCAACUUUAUCUUGAACGAACAUAUAGUAUGUGGGUUCCAGGUUUUGGUACAGAAGAUCCUAAACAAUAUAAAAAGUUUUUAUCAAACGAUGCACUUAAAGCAUCCUUGAAAACACCAUAUAUGUCUUCAACAACUAAUACUAAAACAUCAACUUCAAAACAACAACCGUCCUAA